GCGAAAAUAAUAAUCUCUAAUUAAUCCCCUGGCUUUAAAUCAAUGAAAAUGAUUUUUCUCCUUCGCGAGUUUUGCUGAUUGCGUAUAAUCCAAAGCCCUUUUUUCAGAUCGUUUUGAGUUAUGUGACUUGUAUAUGCGUACUAUAUAUCCAUACAAACCACCGUUCCUACACCCCGAAACAUAGUAGUAAGUCAAGGACGUUUUACUUCAGAUCUUAUAUUCUUCCAUACGCUGAUUUAGAAAAAGGAACCCAUAAUCUAUUUAUCACGAUAUCGAGCACAAGAACCAAUUCUGUUGGGCUCAGUUGGAGUUCAGAAUAGAUAUAUACAGAUUUGAGGGCGCCUUUCUGAAAAUCUUGAAAGAUCUACCUGGAUGUAAUGCUAGAUUCUUGGAAUUAAGCUUUUUCUUUCGUUAAUUCUUUCUAUGAUUUGGGGGUUUUUUGGUUGGAAUCUGAAACAUCCAUUUUGAGAGAGUGCUGCUUUUCGCACUUGGCUUGAAAUUGAGGUGAAUACUUUUGGGACUUUUGUAAAUUUUCUUUGUGGAUAGAUUUUCUGGUCUUGGAGUAGGAGAAUAUGUUUUGGAGAGGAAGGGAAAGGGAAAUCAAAGAUCAGAAUGCCGGACCUCCUUGUGGGCAGGUCAGAGUUCUUGUUGUUGGUGACUCAGGUGUGGGCAAAACCUCUCUCGUUCAUCUGAUUCUAAAAGGUUCUUCUGUUGCUCGGCCUACUCAAACAAUUGGUUGUACUGUUGAUGUUAAGCAUACUACUUAUGGAACUUCUGGUAGCUCGUCAUAUAGUUUCAGAGGUGACAGCGAGAGAGAUUUUUUUGUUGAACUUUGGGAUAUAUCAGGACAUGAACGAUAUCAAGAUUGCCGAUCUGUGUUCUAUUCUCAAAUCAAUGGUGUUAUGUUUGUUCAUGAUCUUUCUCAAAGAAGGACGAAGACAAGCUUGAAGAAGUGGGCUGCAGAGAUUGCUGCUACUGGGACAUUCUCAGCUCCUUUAGCGUCUGGAGGUCCUGGUGGUCUUCCUGUACCAUACAUUGUUAUUGGUAACAAAGCAGAUAUUGCUGCGAAAGAGGGUACACGAGGGAGCAGUGGCAAUCUGGUUGAUGCAGCUAGACAAUGGGUUGAGAAGCAGGGAUUACUUUCAUCAAGCGAGGAACUUCCUUUGGCUGAGAGUUUCCCUGGCAAUGGAGGUCUUCUAGCAGCUGCCAAAGAAGCCAGAUACGACAAAGAAGCGGUUAUGAAAUUUUUUCGAAUGUUGAUCAGGCGGAGAUACUUCUCAGAUGAAUUGCCUGGUGCAAGCCCAUGGUUGACCCAGGUCCAUAGGCCAUUGGCACAAUCUUCUGAAAUUUCAAGUGACGAGGACCAGAUGUAUAAGAGUUCAAAUUUGAUAGGCGAUCCGUACAAGUAUAAUGCACUUCCUCCGCUACCAGCUCAACGCAACCUGAACCCCCCACCCACGCUCUAUCCACAGCAGCCCAUGUCAACACCUGACUAUUACAACAUCCCAAGAUUUGCAUCGAGUGCCAACCAGGAAACCACCACUGUGAGAUCAAAGCGUACAGAUAUUAAUGUAUGAAGAGUUCAAUUGCUAUUCCAUUGACUGAAACAUCUCCAAGAGCAGUAUGUUUUCCUUAGUGGAUAUAGCAGUUAUUCAGAGACGAAUUGUUCCAUUCGUUAUUUGACCCAUGGAGAGGCAUUUUGUUCACCGUGUGUUAUGAUGUAAUGAAUUUGCUUGUUUAUCACUUGGGAUACACGUCGAUUCUUUCUAUUCAUUUGGUUUUCAGUUCUUCCCCUCGCCCCUGAACUUGUAACAUGUGAGGAACUAUUUUUUGUCAAGGGGUAGAAGUGCGUAUGGACUUCAGUUAUUAUUAUUAUUAUUAUUAUUUUUCCCCUC